AUGUCCAUAUUUAAGAAAGUAAGUGAAUCGGAAAGAAACACUAAAGCCACAAUAUUCGUGGGUAACAUCGAUCCCAAAGUGAAUGAAAUCAUGCUUUAUGAAUUGUUUAUACAGUUUGGAAAGAUAAAGUCAUUGAAUUUACCAAAAGAUAGAAUACUGAAAACUCAUCAAGGGUUUGGAUUCAUAGAAUUCAAAACAGAAGCUGAUUUAAAAUAUGUGGUUCAGAUCAUGAAAGGGAUACGAUUGUAUGGGAAGUUGUUGAGAGUCAAACAAGCAGAGAACAAAUCCAAUGACACGAAAUCUGUAUCUAAUAAACCAAGAACAGUGGAUAUUGGAGCCAAACUUUUCAUCAAAAAUUUGAAUCCUUUGAUCGAUGAAAAGUACUUGGAAGAUACAUUUUCUACUUUUGGGGAAAUUAUCAGUACCUCCGUUGAUAGGGAAGCUAAUGGUGAGUCCAAAGGUCAAGGAUUUGUAGUAUUCAAUGAUUUCACUAGUAGUGAUAAUGCUAUCAAAAACAUCAAUGGUAAGAUAUUAAUGAACUCCAAGGUAGUUGUUACUUAUGCUUAUAAAGACGACAAACAAAAGACCAAGCACGGUGAUAAAGUUGAGAGAUUGUUGGCUACGAACGCCAAAAAACAUAAGAUGUUAGAUUCUUCCACUCAACCCACCAAGAAACAGAAAAGAUAA